AUGUACGUUGCUGGCAAAGUACCUGUACUACUGGACUCUAACACUGGAAAGCAUGGACCACUUGACGCACCUGACGAUGCUGAGGAGCUUGACGGGGCACCCUCCGGUGACAAUCUGGAGCUGGAGACCACUUGCUUACCCGAAGCGCAUUCUCCUCACAGCCAAUGGAAAGUGGUCAAGAGACGACCGGGCGAGAAGAAAAGGGCGAAUAAGCGAGGAUCACGGGUACCCUCGGACAGCAAGAAUUCACAGGUGCCAGAAGAGGUUUUGUUUCAGCAGCUGAUCAGCCGAUUGAGGGCUCGCGAGGAGAGUGAGGCGGUAGCUUCACAUAUGCAAAAGGAAAUGGAGGCAAAGGUGGUAACUCUGCAAGACGAAAACAAGGUGCUGCAUGAGGAGCUUCAGAAGCUUAGCAGUAAGCUACAGCAGAGAACGAACGAGGCUAGAGCCUACAAGUCACAAACAGACUCAUGGAAGUCAAGACUGGCAAAGAUCAAACUCUUCCUCAACGAACUCGGGACGGACUACCAGAACCUCCGCGGCGAGGCGAUCCAUCUCAAGGCGACUCGAAAGUCCCUGGACAAAGAACGAAAAGAGAUAUCGGAGACCAUCGAGGAUGUGAAAGCACAACUGGCUCGGAUCUCCCAUACUUCCCGUGAUAGGCGAGGUUGUCUUUUGGAGUCGGAAAGCACGAUUGCCUCUUUGCGUCAGGAGCUCAAGCAUGCAGACGAAAGAGCUCGGUAUGCCCAUGGUCAGCUGGCGGACGAGAAGAAAAGGUCCCACCUGCUCGAAUUAUACAUCCAGAAUUGCUCACGGACUCAUGACAAGAAAUUAGAACUCGUCAGGUCGGGCCAACUGGAAAUGACGAGAAAACUGGAAGCUGCAUUUAGAGCCAAAGCCGAUGAUUGCGAGGUGUCUCAGAUUUUCAGCGAGGACUUUGGCCAGAAGGUGGAAGAACUUAUGGCCUUGGUCCGGAGCACUGCUGAAAAUCUUGCGAACAACAAGAUAGACGUACAGCAAUAUGAAAAAAUUAUCGCCGCAUUUGAGUCUCGAAUUGAUUCGACGACUCAUCAGUUGACACAAGACAUCAGAGAGAACUGUAACCUCACUGGCAAGAAGAUGGAGGACCUGGAGGCGCAGCUCCAACUCUUCAAAACCAGCGUAAGCGAGGGCUCGGCGCUGCUCACCGAACUUUCGGCCAGCGGAGUCCGUUGCAUCAAUCUGGAAUCGAAGCUAGAUGAGACAGUUCCGGCGCUCGAGACUUUUAGGCUUGGCUUUGACGAACUACGACAAAGUGAAGCUAGUCUCGAACAACAGAUGGACAGGCUGGGGAGGAGCCUGUCUGAUGCCAAAUUACCAGAGCAGUUUGGCCAGAAUUAUGUGCACAUCUCCGAAAAGCUAAAUCUCGAAAAUGAGAUACAACAACUCUCGUCAAAGCUGAAGGUGACUGAAGAGAAAUUGGAAGCCCAGCGGGCAGACAGUUUCGAGAAGCACCACGAACUGCUCAAGGUAACCGCGCAGGCACACCAAGUGGAACUAAACGCUGCAAAGUUCGAAUCGCAGGCUAUAGUUUUGCAAGAGAAGCUUCAGGCGGCCGAGGCCAAAGCACGAGAAGAUCAAGAUCACGCGAUUGCUCGUUCUCGUGAGCAAUGUAAAGCAGAUUUUGAGCGGCAACUUCAUGCGUUGAUAAUGGAGAAGGCUGCAUUUGAAAUCAAUAUGGAAAAGGUCGAGGAACAGCUGGCUCAAAAGCAACGCAAAUUGGCCGAGGUUGAAACUUCAUCCAGAGAGCAACGCAAAGAUCUAGAAUCCUUGCUCACGGAGCGGCAAAUGCGGAUUCAUGACCUCGAAGAAUCCCGGAAAGAAUGCAUUUCAAACUUGGGGAAACAAGAGGCAGAAAUUGCCAAGCUGAGCGACCAGGAAGCUGUCCUUACAUCCCAGCAAAUCUCCCUGCAACUUCAACUUGCCGAAGCCAACAGACGGUCUGAUGGUCUUGAGAAUGAACGUACGAGAGCCAUGACCGAAACUCAGCAUUCACUGCAUGCCCUGCAAGAUAGUCUGUCAACGCUUCGUUCUGACCUGGCCAAGAAGGAGGAGGAGCGUGAUGAGCUAGCCAGGGAGCUUGAAAAUGCGAAUAUUGCGAGAAAAAAACUUGAAGCAAGCAUGUCGGACGCUGAAUCGGAAGCUCACGCCCUGUAUGCAAAAGUCCAAAGAUUAGAAUCCGAGAUCAAGGAGGCCAGAGACACUCUCCUCCAGCUGGAUAUCGCGCAGCUAGAGCAGCCACUACCCGAAGCUUUGGCCCAACUAGGCGCUAUUAUGCAGUCAGUGAACGCGAAGCGAUCAGAGCAAGUCAACCAAGAUUCAGCCCAGGCAUCGACAGACACGUGUUUUCGAACGGACCAAGGAACCCAAACCAUGGACGAUGCGAUGCACAUGAACUUGUGGGCUAGCGAGCCUAUAACGCCAGUCGAGAAUUGUGAGGCUCUCUCGCCAUCAGACCAAGCAGGAGUGAUCGUCCCAUUUUCGAGCAUUAUGCAAGGAUUAGAGCCCACUGAUUGUUUGACGGUCGAGAACGAGCCUUUCGAUAUCUCUAGUAUGCUUACACAGACACCGGAAAGAGUACUAUCAGCCAAAGAGCUCGUGGUCCCCGCGAGGCCGGAGAAAGAUAGUCCCUUUGCAAAUGUUGAGUCUCAGCAUAAAACCCGAGAGCCGCAGCUUUAUCGCGCUUCGAAUAUACAACGCCCUCCUGCGGAGUAUGUACAGGAACAAAUUCAUCAAGAAGCUGUGGUGGAACAGACCCCCAUACAGCAAAGACAAUCUGGUGCAGGAAGAAAAGUCUCCUUUGAAACACGGAAAUCGACAGCUGAGGACGACGAUCUCCAAGUUCCGGACUCGCAGGUGAACGGCGAGCCCGGCCUCGUGGUCUUAUCGCUGAAUGGCAGUCACCCAACACGAACCAACAGGUGGACGUACAGCAAACGCCAACGGGAAACGUUGACUGGGCAACAAAAGACCAACUCGUGCGAAGCAGGGUCGUCCCAGAUGGAUGACCGGGAAGAGUGUGGCGAAACAGGAAAGAAUAAGAAGGCAAAGACCUGCCCAGCACUCUCCAAUCCUGUGUCUCAGGCAAGAACUGGAGCCGAACUGUAUCCCCGAGGAACAAGCCCUACGAGGUUGGCCUCUGGAAGCAGCCGCACUCGCUCGUCGGACGCAAUGUCUAACCAGACGGGCCCGGCACGACGCCUCAGAAAGUCGGCACGGCAGACACGGGCCGAAAAAUACAGUGCUCGCUUCAGCCAAGGUGCUUGA